GUGAGGUGAUCGAAAGGUGGAAGCAGCACUUCGACGAGCACCUGCAUGGCGCAGAGAAUGUAGGCACGGAGGACCAAGGCAGCGGAGGAAAUGACUAUUUUGAUGCAACAGAGGACGGGAACGAAUCAACUCCCACGCUGAGGGAAGUUAAGGAUGCCAUCCACCAGCUCAAAAACAACAAAGCGGCUGGUAAGGACGGUAUCGCAGCAGAACUCAUCAAGAUGGGCCCGGAAAAGUUGGCCACCUGUCUGCACCAGUUAGUAGUCAAGAUCUGAGAAACCGAACAGCUACCGGAGGAGUGGAAGGAAGGGAUAAUCUGUCCCAUCCACAAGAAAGGCGACAAGUUAAUGUGUGAGAACUUUCGAGCGAUCACCAUUUUGAAUGCCGCCUACAAAGUGCUAUCCCAGAUCAUCUUCCGUCGUCUUUCACCUAAAGUAAAUGAGUUCGUGGAAAGUUAUCAAGCCGGUUUCAUCGACGGCCGGUCGACAACGGACCAGAUCUUCACCGUACGGCAAAUCUUCCAGAAAUGCCGUGAAUACCAGGUCCCAACGCAUCACCUGUUCAUCGACUUCAAAGCGGCAUACGACAGUAUCGACCGCACAGAGCUAUGGAAAGUUAUGGACGAGAACAGCUUUCCCGGGAAGCUGACCAGACUGAUAAGAGCAACGAUGGACGGUGUGCAGAACAGCGUAAGGAUUUCGGGUGAACUAUCCAGUUCAUUCGAAUCUCGACGGGGACUACGACAAGGUGAUGGACUUUCCUGCCUACUAUUCAACAUAGCCCUGGAAGGUGUUAUGCGAUGAGCCGGGCUCAACAGCCGGGGUACGGUCUUCACGAAAUCCAGCCAAUUUGUCUGUUUUCCGGAUGACAUGCACAGUACGAACAAAAUCUGUAAAUUUAUGACGAACUGAAUGUAACAAAUUGACAUUCAUCGUGUUCGAUAGAAAUUGAUGUGUGAUCUUAAAAUUACACUGCUGAUUGCUGAGAGCAAAGUGUUAAUUAAGCACUGACUUUUCAAAGAAACUUAAAAAAAAUCUCAAUACGAGAAUCGAAUUCAGACCUUCCGAGUGAGAGUUCACGCCUAACCCCUCUAGGCUGUCUCACCAAGCUGAUGAGAAGACAAUCAAAGAUAAACAUGUUCCACCAUAAAGGAACAAACUGUUGUACCGCUUCUGCCACAGAGAGCGAGAGAGCAGUCUCCGCAGCGAGGCAGACGACUGAGCGUAGCUGUCCUCGUUUACGUUACUGCAUGUAAAUUUCAAGCGAAUAUGUCUCAAAAAAAUGUAAACAGUACGCAUGAUUGGCUGAUUACUGAACGGGUAGUAUCAUCUCUCGGUAAAUGGCUGUAAUUUUGUAGCUUCUGCUAUAAUUUUUAGUCGAUGCUUAACUUACGAGAAGUUUAAUUUUCAUGAUUUCUUUCUGUGUGGAUAUUAUUGCUAGAACAUUUGGAACGGUGGUCGGACAAAGGACGGACUGGUAGUGAAUGCGGCUAAGACAAAGUACAUGCUGGUAGGUGGGACUGAGCGAGACAUGACAAGCCUUGGCAGCAAUGUUACGAUAGACGGGGAUACUUUCGAGGUGGUAGAAGAAUUCGUCUACCUCGGUUCCUUGCUAACGGCUGACAAUAACGUGAGCCGUGAAAUACGAAGGCGCAUCAUCAGUGGAAGUCGGGCCUACUAUGGGCUCCAGAAGAAACUGCGGUCAAAAAAAAUUCACCACCGCACCAAAUGUACCAAGUACAAGACGUCAAUAAGACCGGUGGUUCUCUACGGACAAGAGACAUGGUAUUAUGGCGGCAAAUUAUUGAUUCAGUAUUAUCAUGAAUUUGAUGUUAACUAAAUAAAUGAAAAUGAAUGAAUGAUUGAUUUGGGGAACGCCGGACCAUACAUUGAACGGUGAAGAGACGUAGUCACUUGGUUGUCCCAAAACUACACAUGGUCGAAAAGCUUGGGGGCUCACCCUGCAAAUGAUAGCUAAGGGUGUUAGAAACCAACUUUUGUAUAACGGCAACUUUCAGAAAUGACGUUUAGAGGUCGCCCCGGAGAGAUUUUUGACCAUUUUUCGUAAUAAAUUUCAUGCAAAUAUUUUUUUCCGUACAAAAAUUGGCAAUACACACUAUUUUUAUAUUUCUUACAGCUUGAUAUGGAUCCAAACUACCUGGGAAAAAUAAUUGACGACAUGUUUUGCAGGUAACUUUUUGAUACUGAAUUUUUGAAUUUACUAAAAUUUGUCAUUUUUUUAUAUACUGUGCAUUUUACCCAUCAUAAAAAGUAUCUGAACAUUAUGCUAAUUUAAAACAAUUUCCAUGAAAAGAUAGGAUAUUUUAAGAGGAAUAACUUUGCCGAAGACAGCAUUGCGUUUUUUCUGUCCGUUUUAAAGUUAUUCAUGAUUUACUAUUUGGUAAAAUUUUGAUUUUUAGGUUUUUUGACUAAAAAAUCAAUAAAGAGCUGCCCAAAAACACAUAGAAAGUAAAAAAUCACGUAUACUCAACAAGUUUUUGUCUUUAUUGUGUUUAGGAAUUAUGCAUCAUUUAUUGAAUGUUUGUUUCCGUUGACAAAUCCAUUUUCUUUGAUAUAGAAAGGUAUUAUAAGAAUCAAAAUAAAAUCUCCUUUGGCGACUACUUUUGGUCGCAGUUAAAGAUACGCGCGAGAUAGUCGCCUAAGGCAACAUACUUGGUUUUCAAAUUUUCCAUCAUGGUGAUCUUAGAUAUUUCAUGAUAAAAGUUCACCACGUGGCUGGGUGAUGUGAUGGCUGCUGCAACUGCACGUGGUAUUUGUACUGCGAUUGAAUUUCUUCCAUCUUUCAAGACCCGGAAAAGUACUCGCCAUAAAUGUGUUUUUCAUGCAACGCACAAUACUUACUAGCGAGAAACUUCAUCAUCAGGUACCAUUUUGAGAUGCCUCAGUAGGCCAUGGCAUUUUUAACGGUUAUGUACUGACAAUGGUUUAUACGAGCAUAAUACACAUUCAAACCACGGCACAUUUUCUAUAUCAUUUAGAAGAUGACACAUUCCUCAAAACAUGCCGUUUUGGUUUUCAAUGAUGUUGUUCAAAUCGUUCAAAGACAUGAGUAAAACGUUCUAGUAGUCCCUAUCAUUUUGAUCAACAUAUAGGACGAUAAAAAUGACGUCACUUGUUUACGUCCAAAACUGUUGUUUACCAAUAAUAGCCUACCUUGUCUUAUUGUAUGCCGUGUAUGUGUUAUGGUAAUCAAAUUGUUCUAACCUUGGAUAACAUUACGUUAACUCACUGGUUCAUCUUAUCCCACCCGUUUCAAUUUGCCUCGGUAUAUCUUAUUUUCGGUGUUGAUAAGAUAGUUCAAGUCAGUAAAUGUAAAAAAAGACAUGCUCUGUUUUUUAGAAUGUCUUGAAUUGGAACUUAGUAUCUAAAGAUUGGUAUUCUUACGUAAGAUGUUCGUAAUCGCGAUUUUUAUUUGGUAUGGAUCAACGUAUUCGCCUUUAUUCACUGCCACUGUUUCCUGGGCUGUUUCACUGGUCCAGGACUCACACGUCUUCGUGUGGAAAAAUAAUUGAGAAUAUCGACAGGAAAGUAAGAUAAACGCAAAAAUAUGGCUCAACAUUUUGUGGAGAAUAUCUUUAAAAAAUCAAUAGACAGUGCUUGUCAAGAGAGCUAGCUUUUUAAGAAAUCUUUGCGAAGGGAUUGAAUAACAAAAAAAAAUCAAUUAAUUAUGUCACCAUUAUUCCAUAACACAAUCAAGAUAAAAACUUGUUGAGCAUACGUGAUUUUUUACUCUAUGUGUGUUUUUGGGAAGUUCUUAUGUGACAUUUUUAGAAAAAUACCCAAAAAUUCAAUUUUUACCAAAUAGAAAAUUGUGAAUAAUUCUAAAACGGAUAGAAAAAACUCCAUGCUGUCUUCGGCAAAGUUUUUCCUAAUAAAAUUUCCAAUCUUUCUAUGGAAAUUGUUUUAAAUUAGCAUAAUGUUCAGAUACUUUUUAUGAUUGGUUAAAUGCACAGUAUAUCAAAAAAUGAUAAAUUUUAGUAAAUUCAAAAAUUCGAUAUCAAAAAGUUACCUGCAAAACAUGUCGUCAAUUAUUUUUCCCAAGAAGUUUGGAUCCAUAUCAAGCUGUAAAAAAUAUAAAAAUAGUGGGUAAUGCCAAUUUUUGUACGGUAAAAAAUAUUUGUAUGAAAUUUAUUACGAAAAAUGACCAUUUUUCAAAAAUCUCUCCGGAGCGACCUCUAAACGUCAUUUCUGAAAGUUGCCGUCAGUUGUAGUCACCAACUUUCACAGACAUACUGCGACCGGUCAGAUAGAUUUUAUCAAAGGCGGCGGAACAAACUUCUGAUGAAAUCAUAGAAAUAUGUAUAAAGUAAUCCCAGAAUAAAAUCCUGGGAGAACUCCAGAAGGAACUCCUGGAGGAAAAUCAGAAAAAAAACGGAAGGAAUUCAGAAAAUAAUCUUGGAAGAAUCCUCGAAGGAAAUUCUGAAGAAUCGAAGGAUCUCCUGUAAAAAAUCGGAAGGACUAUAUUGGUUAAUCUUAAAGCUGAAUAGUACGAGAUAUCCCAGGAAUACCAGAAGAAGUGUCUUGGGGUCAUUUAAAAGUAAUAGGAGUCAUUUAAAAGUAAUAGGAGAUAACGUUGAAAAAUUCCUUGAGAUUUCCAAAAGUAUCCAAAAAAAAGAUUUCAAAACGAAUUCAUGCAACUGGAUGCAUAACAGAAGAUACUCAUGGAGCAAUGCCUUCUAGAGGAAAGGAAACAUAUUCUUCACAUAGAAAUCACGUUCCAGGAGCUGUACUAUUCCGCGAAGUGUGUCAUUCUGAAAAGCUUCGUAAAUGUCGUCAUAUGUAAAUUAAUUAGUUUUUUUAUGUUUUCAUUUUUUCAUCAUACACUUCAGAAAAUUUGGCAAUAUAUAAAAAAGCAGAGAUGUAUGUCAAAGUAACAUAUCAAAAAAUCAAAUAUGUUGUUGUUUUUUUUUUUUAAUUGAAAGCAUAAAACACACGAAUAUCUUCAUUAUAUGUUGGCCUGUGAUUCCUGGCUAAACUCAAAAAUAUCAAUAAUGCUUAGCUUAUAAUACGUUGCAAGAAAAUCAAGAGCGAAAAUAGAACAAAAUCGCCAAUAAACCGUUGCUAGGUAAUAGAUUGUCCUUUGCUUAAAAAAAUGCACACAUGUCUUCCCAGGAGAAUACCAAAGUCGUUUGAAAUGCAACACAAAAAUCUUGUUGAAAAACAUUGACAUUUUCUACCUAUGGCGAGCUGAACGCAUGUUCAGCAGAUGGUGAUUUUGUUCUUUUGAACUAGGUAGUGUAAAAUCAUUCUUGAGCUUUCACUCAAGGUCUAUGUGGAAGUAGGUAGAUGUACUCCGUACCAUUGGCGCUACCUCUUGAUCGUUGGUAGGUACCUACUGUAGCCUGAGCCAUAUAUAAGCACUGCUUGAUCCGUUCUUGGAAUCAGUACGAAUUUAAAUCUCUUGAAGCUACUAUCUUAUCGAAGAUCAUCUGAUCGUGUUAGUGAAGUGAAUCAGUGAAGUGUGAAUUAUGGCCGAAUAUCGUCAGCAACGUGGAGGUCGUGGGGGUAACAACUACCGUGCUCGCGGUAAUGUAAAUGGAUCUAGUGGAUUUCCUCCACUAAAUGGAAACGGCGGUCAUCGUGUUGGUUAUAGCAAUGCGAACGGUGGCCAAUGGAAGCAGAGUAAUGGUAACGGCGGAAAUGGUGCCAAUGGCAAUUGGAACCGAGAAUCAGCAGGAGUAUAUGAGGGCAGGAAGAAUUUCAGUAGUGGUGCAAGGGCGGGAAACAGGGGACAGUUCCAUAACGGAGGAGGAAGAGAUGGUGGACACCAAAGUGAUCGAUUAAAUGCCGGUUAUCAACGACAGCUCAAUGGUAACCAAAGCGUACCUAAUGUGAUUGAAAAGCCGGUUCAUGUUACGAUACCUGAACAACAAUCAUCAUCUGCACCAUCUAGUAGAGGAGGAAUGCGUGGUAACCGGGCGAUAGCUGAGAUUGUUCGCACCCGUGCGUUGGAUACGACGGUGUCCAAGCAGGGCUGUAGCGGUAGGCAGAUAAUGCUCCAAACAAAUUAUUUCCGAGUUACCAGACAAGAAGAGGAAUGUAUCUUCCAAUACCGAGUGGAUCUAAAUCCACCUGUUGAGAGCAGCAGGUUGUUGAAAAGUUUGGUGUAUGGAUUGAAGGCUACGAUUGGAGGGUACAUAUUUGACGGGACCCAGCUAUUUACGCGCCACAAGCUUCGCAGCGACGAGGUAGAAAUAUCAACUAAAGAUACUACAACGAACCAGCAAUACAUCAUCAAGUUGAGACGUGUUGGAGUUAUAGAUGGAACGAACGAAACGGCCCUGAUGAUAUUUAACCUGAUUAACCGCAAGGCGAUGGGUGGGCUGAAUUUACAGCUCAUCGGAAGAAACUUCUUCGACCCCGCUGCAAAGUUAACCGUCAGCCAAUACGGGAUUGAAUUAUAUCCCGGUUAUGUGACUAGCAUUAGGCAGCAUGAGAGGGAUGUUCUGAUGUGUGCUGAGCUGACGCAUCGAGUCAUGCGAACCGACACCUGCUAUACUAUAAUGAAGCAGUGUAUGAUGCACGGUGGUAACUGGAAGGAUAAUUUCAAAAGGAUGGUACUUGGUUCCGUUGUGAUGACUACAUAUGGGAAGAACCGCACCUAUACCGUCAACGAUGUGGAGUACAACACCACAGCGGAGAGCAAUUUCCAGACAUCGAGCGGAAACACUACGUUUGUCCAGUACUUCAAGGAGCGCUACAACAUUAUAAUCCGUGAUCCAAGACAACCGAUGUUGGUUUCAAGGUCGAAACCGCGAGACAUUCGUGCAGGUCUUCCCGAGCUUAUCUAUCUGGUGCCCGAACUAGUCCGUGCCACCGGAAUUACCGACGACAUGCGGCGGAAUUUCAAUUUAAUGCGCACAUUAGCGGAUCACACUCGUCUGACGCCGGAUAGGCGCAUUGAACGCCUCGAAGUUUUCAAUCGGCGCCUGCAGGAUUCCAAAGAAAGCGCCGAGGUUUUCAGUUUCUGGAAGACGGAACUAGACCGACGACUGGUCGAAGUCCCGGCGCGAGUGCUUCAACCGGAAACAAUAUUCUUCCAUCCCGAGCAACCCAACUAUGCGGUUUCUGCAGGAGAGAUGGCCGAAUGGCAGAUGGCCUUCCGUAACAACCCCAUGUACUACUCGGUGGCCCUUACGCAGUGGUUCGCAGUGGUUCCCAAAGGAUCGGAACGUCUGAUCACAGAUUUCAUGCAAUGUCUUCGGCAGGCGGCUCGCGGCAUGCGCUUCCAGAUUGAGGAACCCCAGAUCGUGGUCAUUCCCAACGAUUCGCCGGCAGUUUACAUCGACAGUCUGAAUUCGAUCGUUCAGCGGGAUCCACAAAUGAUCAUGUGCUUGGUUACGAACGACAAGGCCGAUCGGUACGCUGCCAUCAAGAAGAAGUGUUGCGUCGAUCGCGCCGUGGCAACGCAGGUCAUCAAAACUCGUACGAUCACACCCAAAGGCGGCAAUGUGCGAACGUUGAUGUCGGUGGCAACGAAAGUCGCCAUACAAGUCAACUGCAAGUUGGGUGGCAUCCCCUGGAUUUUGAAGAACCCCCUGAGCUCCAUCAUGGUCAUCGGGUAUGACGUCUGCCAUGACACUCGAGACAAGUCCAAAUCGUACGGAGCACUUGUAGCGUCGAUGUAUGGAGCGGGAUGUCGACAUCCUAAGUAUUUCUCCACGGUUAACCACCACUCCAACGGGGAAGAACUUUCCAACUUCAUGGCCCAGAACAUAAUUAAAGCUCUUCAUUCGUAUCGUGCUGAUUUUGGAAAUGCACUACCCGACCGGAUCAUCGUCUACCGCGACGGAGUCGGAGAUGGACAGCUCAAGCAUGUCUACGAGCAUGAAGUAAACUCGAUCAAAGACAAUCUUCUUCUAGCCUGUAAGGCACAGCCAAACUCUCCAAAAUUAACUUUCUUCGUGGUGAACAAACGCAUCAACACCAGGCUGUUCCACCAGAAGCGGAAUCCGGUGCCGGGAACGAUCGUGGAUGACGUCAUCACCCUACCAGAGAGGAACGAUUUCUACCUCGUUUCGCAAAGCGUCCGGCAAGGUACGGUCUCGCCCACCAGCUACAAUAUUCUCAAGGACGAAUCCGGGUUGAGUGCCGACAAACUGCAGCUGUACACAUUCAAGCAGACGCACAUGUACUACAACUGGUCCGGUACGGUGGGGGUACCAGCGGUUUGCCAGUAUGCACACAAGUUGGCAGCACUGGCCGGACAGUAUUUGCAUCAAGCUCCCAACAAUUUGUUGGAGAAGAAGUUGUAUUACUUGUAAAUGUUAGUUGUUCUAAGUAUCCACUAAUGAGUGUAAAUAUAUAUAUUUUAAAUAAAAAAUCUCACUUUGAACAUUUUUAUUGACUUAAUUAGCCAAACAAAAGAACCAGAUAAAUUAAUAAUAGUAGUUCAAUGAUUGAUUCAAAAGUGCAUUCGUUUGUACAGGUUAUCCUUUCCUUCCAAACUGUCGAGCAAAGCUUUGAAAAUCGAUAAAGAUCGCUUUAUGUACAGCGUUUUUUUUUAUCAAUCGUCUAUUACGUUAUUGACAAGAAACAACUAGGUCCAAUUAUUCAUCUCUUAUCUGAAGCGCGAUGGCUUGUUACAAAUUGAUAAUUAGUAGUCAAUCACUGGCUGGCACGUGAGCUAUGCAGGCGCGGGGUGUGUCCUUCAUCAUCACGUCAGCACCAUAAUACGAUCUGCUGGCUUUUAUUUACUUGUGUAGGAACGGGAAACUCAGUAAUCAUUAACUAGUGUUUUUUUUUUUCAAUCCUUUCUAGGUCAGCACUACAUACUAUUUUAUUUUGCCAAUUGUAAAUUUUGACUUAAUACUCCAGAGCAGGGCAUGGUGUCGAACUUUCAUGUACCUCUUCACAGAAAGUCAGUAUUUUGACUAGGUAUAUCCCUUUCGGGACGGAGCUCAAAAAACUGAAAUUUCCAUACAAAUUGCUCAAAUUUGGCUCUCCAGAGCUCUCGGACUUAUUCAUAUAUCAACAUUUUUCUAUGGCAUUUGUAAGAACUACUCUUUAACUUUCGAUUCCUAGGUUUUUCCACCUAGAUAAAUCAAAAAUUAAAAAUUUGCGACAGAUAAAACUUUUUCAUGAUUUACAAUUUUUGCUCAUUUUUUGUUUAACUUGUUGUGGUAAAUCUCACACACAACAUAAACAGACAUUUAUUUCCCAACUAACAUUUAUUGUGAAUGUAAACGUCAACAAAGCGUCCUCAAUACAGCUUGAUGCUGAGUUACUGUGUUGUACAUAUGGACGGAAGCUUCUAUGCAAGCCCUAUACCAAUGAAUAUGGCGAACUUAAUCCACUUGUACAUGCUGUGCGAUCAGCUUCUAUGCCACCUAGGCAUAGCUCUUUUCUCGGCUCCUAUAUAACCACUAACUGAAUAACAUCUUGAGAAGGCGGUUUUUCAGCCUUUUCGCAGUUGUUAAAUAAUAGUUAUACGACAUCCCCAAAUUUAACGAUUAAAUAUAAUUAGGUUAUGGAUACCGUGACGCAAUACAUGUGGAACUAGAAUUAUCACUUUUAAAAUUGAAUAAUUAAAGUACUUGCCGCUACUUGGAAUCGAACUCCCGAUCUCCGUAUCCACUGGUCCCGAUGAUGUCCUCGCUGCCACACUGCUAUAUAUAAAUAACAUAGAAAAUAGCCCGUUUUGUUUUACUCCAGACAAGGCUUCAUAAUUGUGCCACAAGAAACCUUACCCAACUUCAUCUUGCUGCAAAGGCUUGUGAAACGUCAAACGCAAUAAUGUUUACAUUGAACAAGCUGUGUGGUUGCGCCAACAGAUUCUUCUUCACAGCUUCUAGCUGAAAGAGUGUUCUUUAAACGGCUACAAAGCGCUGCAGUUUUGUGUUUUGGCAACAUUACAAAACGUAUUGUAUAAAAGCAGCUGUUGUAGUGGCUGGGACUCUUACUCGAUUUGCACAUCUUCCGGCAAAUCUUCCGCCAUUGAAUUAAAGUGCAAUAAAAGCAACCCAAAUAAUUUCACAGCACAGACAUAAAUAGCUGUAAAGAAUUUGUGUAAUAGCUAUAUAUCGCACUUAAAGUUUGUUGGUUUUCAGAUUCAUUGGUAUAGGGCUUGCAUAGAAGCUUCCGUCCAUAUGUACAACACAGUAACUCAGCAUCAAGCUGUAUUGAGGACGCUUUGUUGACGUUUACAUUCACAAUAAAUGUUAGUUGGGUAUAUCUGACAAGCUGUGUUGGUGAACCAACAGUUGCUUUAUUGCAGCUUCUAGCCGUAAUGAAAUCGCAUAACGGCCUUUAAAGCGCUGCUGGUUUGGGGAUUUGUCAGUAUAACGAAUUGUACUGUAUAGUAGCAGCUGUUUUGUUAGUGGGGACUCCUAUUCGAUGUGUUCAAGUUUUCACAUCUUCCAGGAAAUCUCCCGGAGUUGGGAUAGAGUGGAGUAAAGGCAGCCCCAGUGACAAGCAAUGGAUUUCUGAAAACCGAGUUUGGUAGCUGUAUGGUGCUUGUUUUGCAGUCGUGUAUUAGCUUAUGAUUUAUAUUUGACUAGCUUUCCUUUUAUUCAGCGUUGACUGCUUUUACUCGAUGGUUACACAACAGAAAGCAAAUGACUGAAGCUUAUAGCGCUGAAAAUGUUAGUUGGGUUGCACACAUGCAAGUAUAUGUAAUGGCUCAAUGUAUAAAACAAUUUACAUCAGAUAAACCAAAGACUAAACAGUUGAAAAAAAAAUACGCAAAACUGUUAUUGUUCAACAGCACAAUUGUGCUGCUUCGUCACGAAAGG